UCUCUAACUGAUGGUUUUUCCUCGAAAUUUGAAAACAGGAAUCCCAUUCCCUAAUUGGACAAAUUCAUUUCCAGUUCUCUCUCUCUAUUCUCUCUUCCUUUAAAUCCCGUGACCAAUUCUGGAAAAUUCCAAAACAUUUCUUUUUUUCGACAAAACAACAGAGCAAGAAGGCCUUUCAUGGCGGGCUCGAGGCAGGGCAUACCUUCGUGGAUAAGCGCGGCGGCCACCAGAGUCGACUUCGAAGGAAGCGCUUCGUCCAUGUCGGAGACCGUCUUCAAAGACGCCGCCGCCUCCAAAGAACCGUCCUCCUCCUCCAAUUCGAAAUCCACGGCUGACGCCGAUUUGGGGUUCGCGGAGAGGGCUUUCUCCGCCGCCGGUGCCGCCCUUGUCUCCGCCGUCCUCGUUAACCCUCUCGACGUCGCCAAGACACGGUUGCAAGCACAAGCUGCCGGGAUUCCUUAUCAGGGGAUAUGCGGUACUCCAUGUUUCGAAACUGCCACGGUGCUUCCGGAUUUGAAAUCUUCUGCAUCUUAUACGCGUUCGGUUCUUGGGUCUGAAUCCUUGUGCCGUCCAGAGUGUGGUAGCCACUAUAAAGGAACAUUGGAUGUCUUGUAUAAAAUCAUACGUCAGGAAGGUUUUUUGAAACUGUGGAGGGGCACAAAUGCAAGCUUAGCACUCGCUGUACCAACUGUGGGGAUCUACUUGCCUUGCUAUGACCUUUUUCGCAAUUUUAUGGAAGAUUUCACUGCUCAAAAUGCUCCAAACUUGACUCCAUAUGUCCCCUUACUGGCAGGAUCUGCCGCACGAUCAUUAGCUUGUGUUACUUGCUAUCCUGUUGAAUUGGCGAGAACCCGCAUGCAGGCAUUCAGAGAAACCCAAACUGGAGUCAGGCCUCCUGGAGUUUGGAAGACACUGCAUGGAGCCAUUACCCCUGUGACGAGCACAAACUUUCUCCAAAAUUUACGAAGAUAUCGUGUCUUGUGGACUGGCCUUGGAGCGCAACUUGCUCGGGAUGUUCCUUUCUCUGCAAUCUGCUGGUCAACUCUUGAGCCGAUAAGGAGAAGAAUUCUUGGGCUGGUGGGUGAUGAAGCCAGUGCAACCACUGUCCUUGGGGCAAAUUUCUCUGCUGGUUUUGUCGCAGGAAGCCUUGCAGCUGCUACUACAUGUCCACUAGAUGUUGCAAGAACACGUCGGCAAAUAGAGAAGGAUCCUGGAAGAGUGUUGAAGAUGACAACAAGAAAGACAUUGAUAGAAAUAUGGCGGGAUGGAGGAAUCAAGGGACUCUUUACAGGAAUCGGUCCCCGUGUUGGACGCGCCGGCCCAUCUGUUGGAAUAGUUAUCUCCUUCUAUGAAGUUGUUAAGUAUGCUUUACAGCAGAGAAGCCUCAAAAGUGAUUCAAACUGAACUGCUUCAUUUGUUUAGCUAAAAAUAAACAGGGAAAGAAGGGAAAAAUAAUAAUAAUGAUAAUAAUAAAAGAUCUGUCUUUGUCCUUAGGUUUAGGACUCGUGGGGGCCAUUUACUUGUUGGUCCCCUUUUUUGCAAAGAAAGCAUAGCAAUAAGAGCGAGCAGGUAUAUAUAUAGCUGCUUGUAAAUUCAUUCCUGCGUUCAUUGGCCAAUUCCUUUUUUCAUUAUUUUUUC